AUAAGACUUUGAUACUUGAGAAUGCACAGAAUCAUAUUUCUAUUUAUUAUAAAUGAAUGCCAGUCAAAACAAACAAUUACACAAAUUUUAUUCCCUGGAGUAUUCAACCAGAUAUGUAAACAAUUAUUUUGACAGAUAACCUUCAGUUGAAUUGUUUAGAAAAUUCACACAUUUCACAAUCAUGAGAUCCGGUUAAUUUUUAUUGUGCUAACAGAAACUAUGAUGUGGGCGUCCUCUGCUGGGCUGAACUUGCAUAAGGGGUGGCCACACUCAUCUCAGAUAGAAAUGGCCUCCUAUGUGAUGCUGGCACAUAUUCGGCGUGGAAGCUAUGUGGAGGGCAUCCCAUAUCUAAAGUGGUUAAGCAAGCAAAGAAACUUCUUGGGUGGCUACAGGACAACACAGGACACAAUAGUUGCCCUUCAGGCUCUGGCUUAUUAUGCUGCAUUUAGUGGCUCCAGCUCCAUCGAUCUCCGUCUCUUUGUAUCUACUCCACAUGCUUCAUUUAUGUUUCCCAUCAAUUCCACCACCUAUUUGACCUACCAGCAGCAAAAGAUCAAUGCUGACAAAGAUGUACAACUAGAAAUAUACAUGGAAGGAAGAGGAUUUGCCAUAUUCCAGAUUAAUGUCUUUUACAACAUGGAGAGCACAGCCUUUUCAAAGAAUCACUUUUUGCAUGCCAGAGACCAGGAGGCUUUUGAAUUAAAUGUGAAUGUGACAGACGGGAAAGACAAAAAUCACUUGUUGUUAUCAGUGUGUGUCAGAUUAAAGACCAAUCAAGACAUUGCUCAAACAGGAAUGGUUGUGCUGGAUGUAGGUCUGCUCAGUGGCUUUGCUCUCUCCCCUGGAGCUGUUACCCCAAAACAAUUAAUAGGAAAGGUGGAGACACUGCCUCAGAAAGUUAUUCUCUACCUGGAUUCUCUCAACAAGUCUGAGGUUUGCAUCCAACUUCCUUUGAUCAGAGUUUUUAAGGUGGCUCACAUUCAGGAUGCACUAGUACAAGUGUAUGACUACUAUGAACCUACAAGAAGAGCAGCGACAUUGUAUCAUUCUGAUGUUCAACGUCACAUGGACACUUGUGACUUGUGUGGGAAAGACUGUCAUCUGUGUAAACUUGGAAUUCCCAUCAGUGUGCCCUCAUCACUCAACCACUCAAUGCGUAGUACAACCUACAACUCUUGGUGCCUAUUGCUUGGAAUCAUUUUUCUUUCUGGUUAUUUAAUUUGAGUAAUAUGUUUGGUUAUGGGUAACAGUGGUUAGCCUGUCCGCUUUGAAUCUUGGCUCUGAUCUUCCCAUUUGGAUUUGCUUCUCCUCGUGCUUGCUUGAUGUCUCUAUCAGGAAAUAAAAUAACUUUGCCAAGCCACCAAUUUCGAAAUUUUGAACUGUCCCUCACAAUUAGUUGCUCCACUUUAUCCAUAUGCCACGUCACGUACAGUGUACAAAAGAAAAGGUGAGGUAAGAAAGUGGUAAAUAUGUCAGUGGAACAUGUUGGUACCAUAAAAUUCUUACAGUAGUUGAUGAUUAUUUGCUAUUAAAAAAAUGUUAGUUCGAAAAUGUAAUAUCUUGUCUCGGUAGUGCAUUGAAUUAAAUAAAGGUUGAACAUGAUUUGAAAAGCCUUGUAUUCUAUUUUUAAUUCAUGUUUAACAGAACGUACUGUAGUUCACUGGAGUUGGGUUUGUAGUUUAGUUUAAAGAAAAAAAAAUAUUGUAGCCCAUCUAUGUUUUUGUUCUUUUCAAACUGACAUAUUUUGAAGUAAAAUUGGUGCAUAAUGCCUUUUCACACAAAAAUAGUAUGAAAUAAGUACAGUACAGAAGUGGGUAGUAAUGCUUUACAUGUACUCCAUUACAUUUAUUUGAGUAACUUUUUGAAAAAAAUAUACUUCUAAAAGUAUACUUUUACUUGAGUAGAUUUGUAAAGAAAAAAAAAAACGUUACUCUUACUCUGGGCUACAAAACAGUCCUUACAUUUUUCCUCUUUACAUCUACGUAUUAAUAUUAAUAUUAUUUUGGUCAGCGAUGCCAAGAGUAGCUCUACCAAUUUCACCAAUCAGACGUCGCAACAAUAUCCCAUUACACCAAUCUGACGUAAGCUUGCCGUUCUAUAACGCCAGCCUGUUCAAUCACGUGGCGUCUUUGAAGCACCGUAAAAAAGGAAGUAUUUGACAUAGAGCUAUGCCCUCAACAUGAAUGGAAAGUGCAGAAUUAAGCCUCUCUCUGGAACGGAAAACCAGAGAUAUGAGCCUUUUAAUUUCAUAAUAGUAACAAUGAAGGAAGUACUCACUAUUCAAACUAGGAACUAUUUUCUCCACUAGAGGGCAACUCCGUUCUGUCUUUUUUUUUCCUCGCUCCAGGU